AUGACACGCCGAAUUGUGCGGGCAGGCGUACAGCUUGCGCUAUUUGCAGGUUUCAUACUGCUCCUAGUCCUAUUUCUCGAUAACCGGUAUCGCGUCCUACCGGCCUCGAUUCACGGCCACCUACCCACACAUUACUCUGGCCUCGUCGUUACCGAUGUAACUGUCAGUACCUGCUCGUCAUUCAACGUGUUUUCCAACUGCAAAGUCAACAAGGACACGUGGACUCGGGUCGAUAAGGAUCUCUACCUGCGCACGGGAUGGACGUCGAGCGCAUACAUUCAUUUUGAACGAAAGAAGGAGGAGGAGUUGCUUCCAACGGACAGGGUGGUCCUUGAUAUGAAAAUCGGCCGACUUAAUCCCCAGUCGAUGGAGGGUGCUUCCAAAAGCGAUGUAGAACUAUGGGAGCAGAGACCGGGAGGUAUAUGGUUGAAGCGGACGGCCAAACGCCACGCGAGCGACUCGCAGACCACCGUCACCUCGGUCGAUGUGCUCUUCGGGGCUGAUGCGGUUGACCCGCGCAUUGGUUGGGAAGUCAGGGAUACUCCGUUGCUGCUGAACAGCUGGACGGAGCAAUUGGAGGCUCGCGUUACCGUCCGAAGAGGUGAUCCACAAAAGACCAAGAGGGCCGUUCCGAGGAUCAACGAUGAUGGACGAUUUAAGAUUAUGCAGUUGGCAGAUUUGCAUAUGAGUACUGGUCUGGGCGCUUGUCGAGAGCCAGUGCCGGCCGAGCUUGUACCUGGCCAGUCGUGCGAGGCUGAUCCUCGAACUCUAGAUUUUGUGGAGAGGCUUUUGGAUGAAGAGAAACCUGACCUGGUUAUUCUCAGUGGAGACCAGGUGAACGGUGAGACCUCGAAAGACGCCCAAAGCGCGCUCUUUAAGCCUGUCAAGCUGCUUGUGGAUCGCAAGAUCCCUUAUGCGGCCAUUUUCGGCAACCAUGAUGAUGAGGGUGACCUUAACCGGUCGGAACUUAUGGACAUUUACGAAGAUCUCCCUUACUCCCUAUCCUCUGCCGGCCCCGAUGACAUAGAUGGCGUUGGGAACUACAUUGUUGAGGUUCUUGGUAGCGGGAAAUCGGCCCAUUCUGCAUUGACUCUCUAUCUCCUUGACACACAUUCUUAUUCCCCCGACGAGCGACAGUUCCGCGGAUAUGACUGGAUCAAACCGAACCAGAUUCGGUGGUUCCAGAACGCAGCCCGGGGUCUGAAAACCAAACACCAAGCUUACACGCACAUGCAUAUGAACAUGGCUUUCAUUCACAUCCCGCUUCCCGAAUAUCGUGACAAUCAUAAUUACUUCCGAGGCGGUUGGCCAGAGGCCCCUACGGCGCCUGGGUUCAACACUGGCUUCAAGGAUGCGAUGGAGGAACAGGGUGUUCUUUUCGUUAGUUGUGGACACGAUCAUGCCAAUGACUAUUGCAUGGUUAACAAGGAUAAAAACGACAAGCCUUCCUCGUGGAUGUGCUAUGGCGGUGGCUCAGGCCUUGGUGGCUACGGAGGGUACAAUGACUAUGUUCGACGAGUGCGAUUCUUCGACUUUGACAUGAACGCUGGACGAGUCGUGACAUAUAAGCGGCUGGAAUGGGGCGAGAUCGAGUCCCGGAUCGACGAGAUGAUGAUUAUUGACGGCGGCACGGUGAAAGGGCCUGAUGGGGCCAAUUAG